CGCGGCGCGAUGGAGCCGGAGCCGGAGCCGGCGGGGAGGCGAGGCGGCGGGGCUGCGGCGGAGGAGCCGCGGCUGCCCGGCUGGGGCGGCUCCUAGCCGGGGAAGAUGCCGCUGGCCGGGCGGCGCGAUGCAGGCUCGGGGGCGGCGGGGGCGCUGGGGCUGCUGGCGGGCGGCGGCGGCGGCGGAGGAGGAGGAGGAGGCGCGCUCCCGCUCAGCCCCGCCGCCCUGUCCCGCCGCCUGGCCCGCCUGCGCGAGCUCCGCGCCCGCUCCCGGAUCCUGCUGGCGCUGGGCGUCUCGCAGAUGGCGCUGGGCUGCCUGAUCGUGGCCGUCAGCUUCGCCGCCCUGGCGCUCACCACCUCGGCCCGCGUCCGCCACUCCUGCCCCUUCUGGGCCGGCUUCUCGGUGCUGCUGUCCGGACUGAUUGGCGUGGUUUCUUGGAAAAGGCCCCUGUCCCUUGUGAUAACCUUUUUCAUGCUGCUGUCAGCAGUCUGCGUGAUGCUGAAUUUAGCUGGCUCCAUUCUCUCCUGUCAAAAUGCUCAACUAGUGAACUCUCUAGAAGGGUGUCAGUUGAUUAAAUUUGACAGUGACAGUGUCUGCGUGUGCUGUGAAUUGCAACACCAGACUUCAGGCUGCAGUCUUGGGGAGAUGUUGAAACUGAACCCGCUGCAGGAGUGCAAUACGGUCAGGUUGACCCUCAAGGACCUGCUGUUUAGUGUUUGCGCUCUCAAUAUCAUCUCCACCAUUGUGUGUGCGUUGGCAACGGCGAUGUGCUGCAUGCAGAUGGUCUCCUCCGAUGUUCUGCAAAUGUUCUUGCCUCAGAGGUCUCAUUCUGCAAAUCCAGACUGCAUGACCCCUCAUGGGACCAUCCUGCACCAGACGUUGGACUUUGAUGAGUUUAUUCCUCCCAUCCCACCGCCACCUUAUUACCCACCGGAAUAUACCUGCACGCCAGCCGCAGAGACACAAAGGGCUUUCCACUUGGACUUUCCACACUCUUCCUUCAGCGCGUUAUACGAGGUGACCAUCAACAGCCCUGGGAUUCUCUACCCAGCUGAGCUGCCUCCCCCUUACGAGGCGGUCGUCGGACAAGCUCCGACUAACCAGGUCACCAGUAUGGAACAGCAAAUCACAGAGUCCAACUUGGCAGAGCGAAAUGCAGCAACAGGUUUCAGCUGCCAAGGUAGUUUCCACUACUCUCCAUGUGGUCUUGUAGGAAGAGGGGCAAGAAACAGAAGUUGCUCCAGCCUGAACAACCGCAAGUUAACCCAGACUUGCUUGCCCGACUCUCCAGACGAUGAGGUCAGUGACCACAGCCAGACCACUGUGGACCGGCCUCGUAGCAGGACAUGCUCUCAUAGCCAGCUCUCAAACUGUUCCUCAGAGAGUGUUGGUGUUUCUGAGAGAGACUCUUGUGGCUUGGCCGGAGAAGACAAAGCCACUCCCUCGUCUAAGCCACUGAAGAUGUGCUGUGGGGUCUUCAGCCAGCCAGCUGCCCCACAGACUCCCUGCACCCACUGCUCAGUGCCUGUAAACAGUUUGCCCCACAGAUGCCUCAAGAGGACGGCCCAACAGCGGGCAAAGAAAAACGCCAUUUGCAGCAUUGUCAGAUCCACUAGUGACCCAUUGUCCUGCUCAGCUACUAUAGAAGUUCCUGUGUCUAGUCCUCAUGUGGCUGCCUCUACUUGCCAGGACCCCGGGAAUCGACUUGUGCCGACCGGAAAACUGAGGGUCCACCCAAAAGCCGAACUUUCCCAGAAGCCAAAGGUCAUCCUGAGCAUCUGCAAAGAGCGGCCCCAUUCCUUGGUGGACCUGCAGACCUACAAGGACACUAAGAUCCUGGUGGCCAAAUUUUUGGAACAUUCAAACUGCAACUUUACCCCAGAAGUGCGUCACGUGGUCAGCAGCAUCCGGUCUGUCAUCAAGUCUGAUGAACGGCAUAUGGAAGAAGCCAUCUUUAGCGCCAACAUCAUUGAUCAGGUCAUCAUGGGCUCCCAGCAGAAUGUGGAUACCUCGAGAAAGCGGCUUCAGGAAGACCUUCAUCUCCAGAGCUGUGGAGCUCUAAGCUCUCCUGUUGCCUUCUUGCGCAGGGCCCCUGUCCCGCAUGCCUUUGAAAGAGGAAGGCCUCACAGUUUAAUUGAAGUGUGCCGAGAGACCAUCCUUUGACAAUGGGCCUUUUGCUCCACUGAGGAAUGCAAACUCUGCAAAAGAGAUUCUGGGGAACUGGGCAAUGGGUGGAGAUUCACCCCCUCUUCCAUGGCUGUCUUGGGAGAAACAAGAGGAAAUUCAGCCAGGGUCUUCCUCUUGUAGAGUUCCACGUUAGAUUUUUAUUCCCAGGGCUGAGCACUCAACUCUUCAUGACUUCAUAUUCAACCAAGACUCUUUUAUGGAAAAAAGCAAAUUGCUUCUUAUUUAACAAUGAAACAAACAAACAAACAGAAAACCCACCGAAGCGUAUCUUUUUCUCCUCCUACCAAGGAAUUUGGUUUUCUAAGUUCUAAGGGGUCUGUCUGGGUAAUAAGGGUGAUUGGGGAGGGCUGGGGGGUAGAGGGGAUGGGGCGAGGGAAGGAAAUAAACUUUCUUGCUAAGCCACAGUGAUCCUUCUGUACAAUGUAGGAGUUGAUUUUAAUCAUUGUACCUCAAAAGUGUUUGCACCAAAUCUGAACAGUGUUUUCAUAAUUAAAAGGGUAUUUCUGGAGACAACGGACUUCCACAACUGAUUUUGUGCUGGGAAUAGAUCAGUCUCUCUCUCUCUCUCUCUCUCUCUCUCUCUUGUCUUGUUGAACUGAGAAGAACAAAACUGAGAAUGCGAUUUCCAAUUCCCAAUUCCAACCUGGUCACAUUUGGGGUUUGUGCAAUUCCCAUUUUUUCACAACCUCGAUUUGGUGGACCUCAGGAAAUUCAAGUUCAAACUACCCACCAAUGAUUGACAUUCACGGAGAACUUUGAACUUAGUCACAUUCUCUCAAUCCAGCCGUGAUUGGGUAGUUCUUGAGAAGAUUGGAAGAAAAGGGUGUUGUGUCUAUCACUGUUAGCUGCCGAAGGAAAUGUGGAGCAGGCAUCUAACUUCUUGUCUUGAGAAGGCGCUUUAGAUCAGCUCUUAUUCUGCUCACUUUAGGCCCCUUUCUUCAGACCCCCACUCUUACUUCCCUGUAAUUGUCUAGAGGAAACCCAUGCGAUCAUCUCCUUCUGGCAUGGUAGUCAGUGAAAACACAAUUUAUAUCACCCCAUAAUGUCUGGCAAUGCUAGCUAGAAAUCAUAGAAGGUGAAGUCUAACCCACCUGGUUUUCCUCCUCCUCCUCUCCCUACAGCAGGAGCUUCAAAGGUUUGGAGAGAAGAAUAGUUCAUCAGGUGUCAGGCAAACCACCAUAUUUGGAAAGUGCCUUUUGAGCAUGAAGCUACAGUGACCUCCAGCGGAGCACCAAGGAAGCUGAGAUGCUCACCAACUGGUGCUCCUCGGAAGUCUACAAGACGGCUAUCUGAUGGGUAGAAGAAAGGCCAAACGAUGCAUUUCUCUACAGCAAGACCUUGUCCUUUUCCAAGACAUUGUGUGUGCCCAUCUUCCCACGUGUUCCUUCGAAGGACACUGAGAUACCACUAGCCUUGGCUCAGUGGCCUGCAAAACAACCAAGCAAAGCUGCACUGUUUCAUUACUCCAAAUUUAUUAGUGAGUAUAGAUUCAUUCUCUCCUAGGGUCCCUUGCAUGCAACAGAGCUCUACUACACUGUUACUCCUUGAAGUAGAGUAAUGCUAUGGUUUUUGUUACGGUAGGCUAAGGCUUUCUUUUUUUGUCACAGUGUCGUUUUUUUUUCUUCGACCACAGGAGAGAGGAAAAGAAAUCAAGACGAAAAGAGUUACAUCAGUUGACAUUUAUCUCGUAAUGAACACAUCAUAACUAUUCCUUGGUUUAUCGUUGCCACAAAUCUUAAUACUGCAGAUGGCAAAGAUUCUGCAUUCGGUAUCACCGUUUACAUUCAGACAUGUUGGCUCAGGAGAAUCAAAGACAAACAGAACGAUAUUAAACAUUUUGAUAUAAAAAAGUUGCAUUUAAGCAUGGCUUUCCUAGAGUGAACUGAAGUUCAACGAAAGGGUGAUAUGGAAGGCGGUGGGACGAGAAAAAGAGGAGCCUUAUUUCCUUGGUUUUCCCGACUCGCAAAACUCCAGGAACAGCAUUUCCAGCGUUCAGAACGUUCCGUCUCUCCAAAACAGAAAUGUAAUAAAUAUCCCAUUGAAAUAAAUAUCCCGCAUUUGUAUUGCAAAGAUUCUUUCGCCUAUUUUUUUUUUUUCCUGGCAGGGAUAUUAAGAAUUCCCCAAAAAGGUGUCGGUGUUGUUUUCUUUUUUUCCAUAUCACUCACAUUCACUCUGAAACCUUUCUACUUCACGUACAAACCACGUCUCAUCAAAAGUCACGUGACAAUAAGGAUACCAA